AUGGCCGACACCAACUCGCGGAUAAGAUGGUGGAUCAUUCCAAUGGUGGUCGGGGGAGUGGUCAUAGGGGCGCUCUACCUUUUGGUGUUUUGCAAAGGACAAAAGAAGAAACGGUUCACAGAGCUCCAGCGGCAACAGCUGGAACAGGGCUACCCCAAUGACCCCCGCCCCCCAAACUUCACCUACAGCUACCCGGAGACCAUAAGCGGAUACAACCAGACCACAGUCAUCUACAACCAUCGCGUGUACAGCAGUAAUGGCGAAGGAGGCGUCAACGUGACCAAUGAUCCAGUGACCCACAUUCCCAUGACCUCGCAGACCAUCAGAGACGAGUCCAACGACGUGCCUCCAGCCUACUAUGUGGCUGUGAGCCCUCCGCCCAAGGCCUACGAUGGGGCCACCAGCUACGGCUAUGAUCCUGUGGGGGGCACAGGUAACGGUAGUCACAGAAACGUGUACAAUCCGGUCAACGCCGGUUCCGGCUCACAGAGCGCACACAUCUCCUCCAAUUCACGUCCACAGCCACAGGGAUUCUGGGGCAGGUUCAAGAAGAGAGACAAGACGGAGAGCAAUCGGGAUUCCACCAGCGGCGCCGCCGGGGGCUCCGGAGAUGCGUAUGGAGGAUGCCAUGGCGGUGGAGGAUACGGAGGAGGACAUGGGGGACAUGGAGAUGGUGGAGGAGGCCAUGGCGGCGGUGGUGGAGAUGGUGGAGGGGGCGGUGGAGGGGGCGGUGGAGAUGGUGGAGGAGGCGGUGGAGGCGACUAG